AUGGCGCCAGUGUUCAUCGUCCUUGCGGUGUUCAUCUCCUCCGCAAGAGCUGGUGCUGCUGGUGCUGUUGGAGCGGCAGGUGCAGUCAAAGGAGCUCAUGGUAGACCUCUUGGUGGACCUCUUGGUGGACCUUUUGGUGGACCUCUUGGCGGAGCUGGUGGAAUCGUCGGAGGCUCUGGCGUUGUCAAUGCCGCUGACCAUUCCAGUUUCUCGUACGGCGUCAAAGACCCUAACACGGGAGACGUAAAAGACCAACACGAGAGGCGUGUCGGCGACAGCGUAGUCGGCCAGUAUACCCUCCUGGAAGCCGACGGGACCAAGCGCAUAGUCGAAUACUCAGCGAACCCCCAAACUGGGUUCAAUGCUGUGGUCCGAAAAGAAGGCGUCGCUGUUCACCCUCCGUCUCCUGUACAACCUGGCAAUCCCCUUGCUGGGUCUUUGGGAUAUGGAGCGCGUGCUUCGCCUUUGCCCUUUGCUGGACCACAUGCAUCUCCUGCUCUUGGAGCAGUGAACCCUUUGGCUUAUGGAGCGCAUGGCAACCCUCUUGCGUACCGUGCUCCAGUUAAUCCGCUGGUGCAUGGUACGGCACCGAAUCCUUUGGCUUACGGAGGUUACGUAGACCCCUUGGCGUAUGGAGGUUAUGCUAACCCUUUGGGGUAUGGUGCUCAAGCCAACCCUUUGAGCUAUGGUCACGGUUUAGGCCUUAAUGCUCUUCAAGGAGCAUACGCUGGUUAUAACCCAAAUGGCGCUUAUGGGUCUUCUUUGGCGCAUAAUGGUUGGGUUGGACCUCUUGGGAACCAGCUUGGACCUCAAGGAGUAGCUCCUGGCGCCCAACGUGGAUGGUAGAUAAUUAUCUGGUGUUCACUUUGAUUCGACUUAAUUAAUAUAUUCAACGACUUUAACUAUGUUAUAAUAAAUUAAUUUUGAUUAAAG